CAUCGGCCAAACUCCGAACCAACACUGCCAUCGGUCUAUCUUCAUUGUGGGUGUUGCGUUGUUUUUUCCACAUAUAAUAAACUCUUGUUUUCCGUUUCCAUAAUGAAGAAAGCGGAGCUAAUGUUUGUCCCAGCGCCUGCAAUGGGCCAUUUGAUAUCUGCAGUUCAAUUGGCUAAACUUUUAUUAGAUCUCAAUGCUAAUCUCUCUAUCACCAUUCUUACCGUCAAGCCACAGCAAGACACUAAAAUCAGCGCCUAUAUUGACUCUCUCACCGCCACCGCCACCGCCACUGACAGUAUUCAAUUCAUUGACCUGUCUCAAUCGUACCUAGAGGCAGAUGUUUUCAAGUUUUUGAAUAAUUUAGCUCAAACCAUAGGACCGCUUGUGAAAGAAGUCGUCACCAACAUGAUUGAGCACUCCAACUCAGUUCCCAACUCACCUCGACUCGCCGGGUUCGUUCUCGACUCGUUAUUAACUUGUUUGAUAGAGUUGGCUAACGAGUUCGGCGUUCCCAGUUAUGCAUUUUACACUUCGGGUGCUGGUUCUCUUGGCUUCCACCACUACACUCAAGCACUUCACGAUGAGGAAAAGAUUGAGUUCGGCGAGUUAAAAGACUCGGACACUAAGUUCACAGUUCCAUCGUAUGUCAACCCUGUUUCCAUUAAAUUAUUUCCAUCUGUAAUGUUCCAGCCUGAAAGUUUUACGUUGUUCAGUAACUUGAUCAAAGGGAUAAGAGAAGUGAAGGGUGUAUUGAUCAAUACGUUUUCGGAGCUUGAAUCCCAUGCCGUCGACUCUUUUUCUAACGGUAAGCUUCAAGUUCCGCCCAUAUACCCGGUGGGACCCAUAUUGAAUCUCGAAGGCUCAAGCAAUGUCCAUCAUAAUUAUGAUUCAAUCAUGCAAUGGCUUGAUGAACAACCUCCUUCGUCGGUAGUGUUCCUCUGCUUCGGCAGCGACGGAAGCUUUGAUACGAAUCAAGUGAAAGAAAUCGCCUACGCACUAGAGCAGAGUGGGCACCGAUUCUUGUGGUCUUUACGACGACCGGGGAAACAAGUAAUAAACAUGGCACGUAGCUCAACUGAUUACGAGAACGUGGAGGAGAUUUUACCAAAAGGAUUUUUAGAUCGGACAGCUGAAACUGGUAAGAUCAUUGGUUGGGCACCACAAGUGGCCAUCUUGGGCCACCCUGCAGUUGGAGGGUUCGUGUCGCAUUGCGGUUGGAAUUCAAUGCUAGAAAGUAUAUGGUUUGGAGUGCCAAUGAUGGCAUGGCCACUUUAUUCGGAACAACAAUUGAAUGCUUUGACAUUGGUGAGGGAGUCGGGAUUAGCAGUAGAGCUUAAAAUGGAUUAUAAGAUUGAUGACGGUGGGGUUGAAAUUAUAAAAGCUAAGGAGAUAGAGAGGGGAAUUAAGUUGUUGAUGGGGCAUGACAGUGAUGUUCGAGACAGGAUGAAGAAAAUGAGUGAUAAGAGUAGAAAGACUUUAAUGGAUGGCGGAUCUUCACACGCUAUGUUAUAUCGUUUUAUCAGUGAUAUCAUCACCAAUAUGUCAUGAAAGCUUCCUUUAUGGAUAUCAUGAAAAUUUCAAUACAUUGUCAGUG